AUGGCAUAUGAUAGUCGAAUUAUUCAGAAACUGGACUUUUUCAGCAGUGAUGAAGAGGGUGAUGGUAAUGGCUGUAUUCAGGGCUCCCCUGGCCUAGAGGACCCCGGUAAUCCUAUGGCAUGGAGGACAGGGGACAAUCAGUUCCCAGUUACCCCCCAGCGUAAUGAGAGAGGAGUGUCUCCUCUAGGUGCCUAUAUGGAUGAGAGCCCCAGCAGUGAUGGUUCUCCACUAGCACAGAUGGACCCUGAUGGGGAUAGUCCUGGUACCCCACUACACUACACUACAUGGAAGAAGCUGAAGCUUUGUGACACACCUUCUACCCCAAAGAGUUUGCUAUGCAAAAACCUUCCCUCGCCUGGCUCCAGGGUGUCCUGCAGGAGUCAGAGGCUCAUGAGGUUCGUGGCUGGAACGGGUGCAGAGCUGGAUGACCCUGCCAUGGUCAAUGUUAAUCCUUUCACCCCUGAAACCUAUCGCCAAAUGCAGCUCAACUCCAAUGGCAAGAGGAAGGCAGAACCCAGCAGCAAUGAUCCACCAUCAAAAUACAGGGAGAGGGAGCAUUCAGCACAUGUUCCUUUUCAGAGGCUUGUGUUGCGUGAAACCAACAUGGGUUCCAGGUACAAAACAGAAUUCCUGGAGAUUGAGAAAAUAGGAUCAGGAGAGUUUGGAGCGGUCUUCAAAUGUGUUAAACGGUUGGAUGGCUGCGUCUAUGCCAUUAAGCGUUCCAAGAAGCCUCUGGCUGGCUCCACUGAUGAGCAGAUGGCACUCCGGGAGGUCUAUGCCCAUGCCGUGCUGGGUCACCAUCCUCAUGUUGUUCGCUAUUACUCUGCCUGGGCGGAGGAUGACCACAUGAUCAUUCAAAAUGAGUACUGCAAUGGUGGAAGUCUGCAGGACCACAUCAUGGAGAACACAAAGUGCGGCCAGCUGGUGAUGGAGCCAGAGUUAAAGGAGAUUCUUCUACAAGUGUCCAUGGGACUGAAAUACAUCCACAGCUCUGGCCUGGUGCACAUGGAUAUCAAGCCAAGUAAUAUCUUCAUAUGUCGGAAAAUGACUGAGGCAGGACAAGAUGACAGUGAUGGAGAAGAGGAGCUUUCCUCUGCCAGUGUCCUGUACAAAAUAGGUGACCUUGGUCAUGUGACAUCCAUCACCACCCCACAGGUUGAAGAAGGCGACAGCAGAUUCCUGGCUAAUGAGAUUCUACAGGAGGAUUACAGCCAGCUCCCGAAGGCUGACCUUUUUGCUCUUGGACUCACCAUUGCCGUAGCUGCUGGUGCGGGCCCUCUUCCAUGCAAUGACGACAGUUGGCAUUACAUCAGAAAAGGCAACUUGCCAGAUAUUCCCCAGUACCUCUCGCCUGCCUUCCAUGACCUGCUUAAGCAACUGAUUCAUCCAGAUCCAAGGAUGAGACCAUCUGCUGCUGCCUUGGUGAAGCACACAGUCCUGCGACGAUCUCAUGGGAAGGCAGCACAGCUCCAGAAACAGCUGAAUGUGGAAAAAUUUAAGACUGCCAUGCUGGAGAGGGAACUGAAAGCUGCAAAACUUGCUCAGAGUUCUGGGAAGGAUGAAUGCACAGAUCUGCCCUCUAAAUCGGAUCUCUUCUGUCGGGGCAGAAAACGCCUGGUUGGGGGUAAAAACACUCGCUCGUUAAGCUUUAACUGUGGUGGUUAUUAG